AUGGCUCUAUCCGUGUCAGCGGUCGCCUGCCUGUGCGCAGGCCUCCUCGCCGUGGCCGCCUCGCUGCUGGCCGCGGCGCUCGCCUGGCUGUGGGCCUUCCGCCCCCGCACCUCGGCCCCCGGCCCUCCAACGCUGCCGCUGCUCGGCAACGUCAGGCCGCCCGUCAAAUUCCCCCUGCUCCUCCACGGGGUCAGAGAGUGUCACAGGCGCUACGGAGAUAUCUACAGGUACUACGUGGGUCCCAAGCUGUUCAUUGUGAUAUCGCGACCAGAAGACGUGCGGAAGGUCCUGGCGUCGACCAAGACGCGCGAGCGGGACCCCUACUUCAUGCACGUGCUCCGGACUCUCAUAAGCGACGGGCUCAUCACCUGUACGGGUGACACCUGGAGGAGGCACCGGAAGGCCAUCGAACCAGCUUUCCACUACGAGGUGCUCACGAAGUUGAUGGGAACGUUCAACGGCAGCGGGCUCUCCCUGUGUGAGAAGCUGGCAGAGACUGCGGAGGCCACCGUCGACGUGUACCCCAUGCUGAUGGUGUGUGCGCUGCGCACCAUCAUGAAGGCAAUGUUUGGCGUCGAGCUGGACCGCCUGGAGCCGGAUCGGCGCAAGCAUUCCCGUAUAGCGGCCAUCAGAAAAAUGUCGGCAAUAGUUGUCCGACCCUGGAAGACGAUUACUGGCGCCAUGUGGCUGAGUGCAGAAGGUAGGGCAGUGAAGAGGAACAUUGCGGAGUUCAGAAGCCUAGUGAAGCGUGGCCUCGCCAUUGCAAGAGACGGCAGGAAGGCUGACGGCGUGACUCCGUUGGUCCACUUCCUCUCAGAGCAGAAGCCUGGGCAGCAUAUGACUGAAGAAGAAAUGUACAAUGAGAUACGCACCCUCGCCCUGAGCGCUGUGGAGACGACGGCAGCCUCCAUGGGCUUCACGCUGGCGCUGCUCGGCCUGCACCCAGAGUGGCAGGACGCGGCGCAGAGGCAGCUGGACGACGUGUUCGGCUCUGGAGGCGACUACCUCAGGCCAGCCACUGCGGCCGAUCUCUCCCGGCUCACGGUCAUAGAUGCCAUUGUUAAGGAGUCACUGCGGCUGUUCCCGACGAUCCCCAACAUGUCACACCUGGUGACCGAGGACACGCCGCUGUGCGAUGGUCGCUACUUGGCGCCGAGGGGCUGCUGCGUGCUUGUGUCGUUCCUGCUGAUGCACCGCCGGCCGGACCUGUUCCCUGAGCCCGACCUGUUCGACCCCGGCCGCUUCCUGCCCGGAGGCAGCGCCACCUGCAGGCAGCCGGGCAGCUACCUGCCGUUUGGCACAGGAUCUCGCAAGUGCGUGGGCGCGCGCUUCGCCGACCUGGAGAUGCGGGUUGCGCUGGCUGCAGUGCUGCGCAGGUUCCGCAUCCGACCCGGCUCCACCAGGGAGCAGCUGGAGCAGAUUCCUUUCUCCAUCACAGCACACCCACUCACCGGCUAUCGAGUCUCUUGUGUUCUGCGGGAUAACGUAGCGGUAGCUUCUUCGUGGCAGGACACGUGUGGCCUAAAAUUCUCACAUCGUCAUGAGGAAUCGCGAAAGACGUAA